AUGCGAUACCGUGAGAGUCACUACUCUAGCCCGAAAGCCUCACAAGGAACGAACGGGAUAUACCUCAUGAUGAGUCGAAACCCAACGUCUUCCUUCUCACCAAAGAUCGGACAACUCAUCGAGCAAAACCCAAAUUGUGGACUGCGCGACAGCUCAAAAAACAACCGCCAUGUAUCGCACAAAGCUGACCACGAUGAUGAAUGUAGAUUCGAGCUCUUCCUGCUAGACGAAGGUCAGCAAAAGGUUGAGGAGAAAGCAGAGACCCGCGUCCCGAACACCGCCGUCUUCACCUUCAACAAAGAAGACCACACCCUCGGCAACCUCCUCUCGCAGCGUCUCCUCAAGAACCCCGCCGUCAUGUUCGCCGCGUACAAAGUCCCCCACCCACUCUUCGCUACCUUUGAACUCCGCGUCCAGACCGAUGGCACCAUUACACCCAAGGAAGCUGUUAUGGCUACUUGUAAACUGGUUAUCCAGGACUUGUCCAAAUUGAACGAAAGCUUCCAGACUGAGUGGCUGGGCAAGAGGAUUGUGUCCGAGGGUGAGGCGGAGAGGCAGCAGAGGGAGCAGAACAACUUCUAG